GGGACACAGAAUUCGUGCAAUUGCUGAAUUCUGCUAGAAAUAGUAGUAUCGUGAGUCGAUAUUCUUCCUUUGCUUGCGUUUUAGCGUCCAAAACAUUGGGUUCUUAUCCAAUCACCGGCUUGUCGAUACUCAAUUCUCGAUUUUUCGCAAUUUUUGGUAACUUUUUUAGCUACCCAUUUUUGAGUUUGAGUUCCAGAUUUUCAAGUUCACGUAUUUUUCAUAAUUUUGAUUGAUAUGACCAUUUUGGUUUCUUGCCUGGGAUGCCCCCCACCCCCUAAAAACACCAAUCAUUCUUCCGUUUCUUGUAGUGAAUUUAGUUUGUUCCUUUUGUGAGGCUUUGAUUCUUGAUAGAGAAUAAGCUAUUUUAUCUGUCUUGUAUUGUAGAGUUGCUUUGGUUGUUUUCUUCAAGGAUUUGAGGUUCUUUAGGGUGUUCUGUCUUUUGGGUUUUUUUUUUUUUUUAUAUAUUUUUUAUGGAUUGGGUGAGAAUUUGUGGUUGGAGUUGGCGUGGUGUGCUGGAUGCAAAAAUUGUGGUUUUGAUGUGUUAAACACGAUGGUUUUAUCUACUCAUAAGUUAAUUUUUGGAUGGUUUUUUAUUCAUUUUUCACUUCUUUGGACUUAAAUGGUGAUAAAGAUAGAUUUGAAUUUCUAAUGGUGAUCCUACAAGUUCAAAUUUGGGCUUGCUUCAGCAUAAAUUUGUUAGUUUUAGUGAUUGUUUUGAGCACUUUAAAUUACCUGAUAGUUGGGAUGUGUGUGUGCUGUGGAGUUAUGUAAGAAUUAGAACUGGUUGGAUACGAUUUUGUAUUCUUAUUGUUUUUGUGUGAGAGUGUUUUUGGUUUAAGCUAUAUGGCUUUCCAUCAUUCCUGUUGCGCAGUUCCAUUCUUUUAUAAGUUAUAUUUCUGCUUAAGGCUGGUUCAUCUAAUUCCUGUUGUAGUAGAAAUAUUCUCAAACAUAUAUGUAAUUCAAAAUUACCAUUCGUACAAAAUAUUUUCCUUGGCUAAUGAUAUCUUAUAUGGUAUAUAUCACCUGCUGAAUGCACUAAAAUGUUGAGAUGUGAGACUUAACUGUUUCAUUUCUAAUUUGGUCUCUUGUGGCAGUCAUUAUGUGGUCAUCUUAUCAAAUUUGCUUCUCCAUUUCCUGGCUAAUAGUGGAUAUCAGUUGUGGCAAUAAGUUGGGCUUGUAAAUUUUCAAGUGUUACAAGCAAUUUUUCCAGUUAUCAGCAUCUUUGAGCAGCAUCAUUUUUGCCAUUUUGGAUUCUGUAAUUUUCUUCUCACAGAUGCCAAAAUUCCAAUUUUGAGUGGUGUUCGUCUGCUAUUAAUGCGUUACUAUGCAUGACAACUUGUUUCGUAUUUUGUUACAUUUGAGUUGUUCACAUGAAGUUUGAGCAAGUGGUUGCGAUGUUGACACUGUUUUUGAUUCUCUGCAUACAGCCAUAAUGAAUGUGUGCUGUGUUUUUUAUACUCAGGGAUUGGGGGCAAAGAAAUUGACUAGCUAUGUCUUCAUCUUUUUCAGUUCUUCCUACUUCUCUUGAAGAUAAGUACUCCAAGUUGUCUGAUUCUUUUCAGGUUGUUUCAGAACGGGAACUGACAAGAAACCCUAUAAUCCAACAGGCAUCUCCAUUGGGUCCAAAUAGUGGGACCAUUGGACACUUGUUUUCUUCAUCUUUGAGAUAUCCGAAUGAAUUAAAUGCUUCUUUGGUUUCACCACGAGGUGGGCAGUCUCAAAAUUCUCCAUUCAUUUCUCAGUCAUCAAGGAAUCAGGGAACCUUGCCAGUAGCACCAACCCAGUCUGCCCAUUCUGAAGUGCAAUCCACAGCACUGAUUAGUCACUCUGAAGAAAAUAAGGAUAUGUCCUGGUCUAUGGAUCAACUUCAUGACUUGCUUUAUUUUCCUGAAAAUGUAACUGUUGAGAAUGGUGAAGUGGAAAGCAAUAUUGGUGUCAUUACAGCGGAGGAUCUUUCUAAGAGAACAGAUUGGCACGAGUGGGCAGAUCAGUUGAUCUCUGUUGAUGAUGAUCUGGACCCAAAUUGGAGUGAACUUCUUAAUGAUGCUAAUCCAACAGAUGUCAAACAAAAGGUGCUGAAAUCAUCUUCUGAAAUCUCAGUGCAACGCCAAAUUCAUCAGCAUCAACAUGCAAAUAAUGGAGAACCAUAUUCUGUUUCUAACCCAAUUUGUACUGCACCCUCAACAAAGCCCCGAAUGCGCUGGACACCAGAACUUCAUGAGGCUUUUGUAGAAGCUGUCAAUAAGCUUGGUGGUAGUGAAAGAGCAACUCCAAAGGGUGUUUUAAAGCUCAUCAAUGUUGAAGGCUUGACCAUUUACCAUGUUAAAAGCCACCUGCAGAAGUACAGAACGGCCAGAUAUAAACCAGAAUCAUCUGAAGGAACUUCAGAGAAGAAGUUGAGUUCCAUUGACGAAAUGAAAUCUUUAGACAUGAAAACGAGCAUGGGUAUCACUGAAGCAUUGCAAUUGCAAAUGGAGGUUCAGAAGCGACUCCAUGAACAGCUUGAGAUUCAGAGGAAUUUACAGUUGAGAAUUGAGGAACAAGGAAGGUAUCUACAAAUGAUGUUUGAGAAACAAAGAAAGAUGGAGGAUGAGAAGUCGAAGGCUUCUUCCUCCUCCAUGGAUGACCCUUCACUUCCACAGUCAAAUGCAGUGCAGCCAUCCAGUAAUAAUAAAAUGGAAGUCUUAGAGCCAGAUCAUGCCAAAAUUGCGGUUGAUAGAAGCGAUGGUGGUGUUGCACUGGAAGAAAGCUCCCUAAGUGUAGGCAGAAAGCACAAGGCUCUAGAAAACAGAACUGACAAUAAUCUUGACCCAAAAGAUGAUGAAUCUAGUCCCGCAUCAACAAAGCGACCUAAAGCAGAUGAAACUGCAUUAUAAUCAACCCUCUGCAUUUAAUUGAUCAUUUUAUACAAAUGACAUUUUACUUAUCCUAGAUGUGUCAUUUGUUAAGCCUGGAAAUGGAUUCGGUUAUGUGCCUUGUGGUGAGGCAUGAUCAUUGAUGGAAUCAAAGAAUUUUUGGAACUCAAGGUCUUGCCUUCAUUUUCCAUCUAGCUAGAAUCAAAAGAUGCAAAAUGAGUUUCCUGACUACUGACCUUUCCAAUCUUGGUUGGAAUUUGAAUUAGGAACUGGUGCUGGAAGAUGGAGGUUGUAAAUGUUUGUGCAAUGUUGACUGUUAAAAAACAAUAGUAAUUUCCAAUUGAAUAAUGUAUUUCCUGAACUUUAACUCUA